GCGCGGGCGGAGCAGCCGGGUGGCGGCGGCGUGCACGGGUGGCGCUUCCUCUGCGGCGCCCAUGGGGACAGGACGACUUUAAAGGAGUUUGGGGGGGUUCUGGCGCUGGGCGACCACGGAUCCGGCGAUUUCUGCCCUCGCCUCGCCCUGUCAUUGAUGGGAAAUCAACUGGAUCGCAUCACCCACCUGAAUUACAGCGAACUGCCGACCGGGGACCCCUCGGGGAUCGAGAAGGACGAGCUGCGCGUCGGGGUGGCUUACUUCUUUUCGGAUGAGGAGGAGGACCUGGACGAGCGAGGCCAGCCAGAUAAGUACGGCGUGAAGGGCUCCGGCAGCCCUGGGCAGGAGACGCCCACCCACCACCUCCACCAUCAGCUAGUGCUGAACGAGACUCAGUUCUCCGCUUUCCGCGGCCAGGAAUGCAUCUUCUCCAAGGUCAGCAGCGGCCCCCAGGCUGGGGACCUCAGCGUCUACUCGGUGUCAGCCCUGCCAGCCCUCUGCAAGCCGGGAGACCUGCUGGAGCUGCUCUACCUGGGGCCGUCGGAGCACCCGCCGCCGCACUGGGCCGUGUACGUGGGCGGCGGGCAGAUCAUCCACCUGCACCAGGGGCAGAUCCGCCAGGACAGCUUGUACGAGGCGGCCGCGGGCAACGUGGGCCGGGUGGUGAAUAGCUGGUACCGCUUCCGCCCGCUGGUGGCGGAGCUGGUGGUGCAGAACGCCUGCGGGCACCUGGGCUUAAAAAGCGACGAGAUCUGCUGGACUAACUCCGAGAGCUUCGCCGCCUGGUGCCGCUUCGGGAAACGGGAGUUCAAAGCCGGGGGGGAGCUGCAGGCGGCUGCUGGCACCCAGCACCAGCAGCAGUACUAUCUCAAAAUCCACUUGGCAGAGAACAAGGUGCAUACGGUGAGGUUCCACAGCCUGGAGGAUCUAAUACGCGAGAAGCGCAGGAUCGAUGCCAGUGGCAAACUGAGGGUGAUCAAGGACCUGGAUAUAGUGGAUGGGAAAGAAUAGGGAGGAGCAGGAGUACGUGGCUAUCUUCCUUCUGCCCUGCCCGGGGAGACCAGCCUGCUGUAGAGUCAGGAGGCUGCACCCUCCUUCCGUGGGACGCGACUGGAAGCAGGAUCCAUGGCAACAUUCCAAAAAAAACCAGCAUUCUUUACACUCAUAGCCAGUAUUUUGUUUGGCUUUUAAUAGCAUUAAUGCUGAAAGAGCGAGAGAGAGGAAGAAAAGAGGGGGGAGGUGCAGGAAGGCUGUUCUCAGAGUAUGUGGACAAAGUCUCUCCUGUCAAUUGAUGUUGACCAUUCUAGCAACAUGCCAAUAAAAUUUCAAAUUGAAAUUUCUUUUUAAAUUUUUAUUUCAUGGCUUUAAUCCAUGAUAAGUUUUAAGCAUCUGGGACUGUGGAUGUGGAUGUAGCUAAAUGGCAUUUUAGCUAAUAUUUGCCUUGUGGCCAACCAAAAGCAUCAGUCAUACUUUGCUAACUGGGAGAGAAAGGGGGUGUUGGGGUGGAGGGUAAAUGCCUGUUUGUUUGUUUUGUUCCUCCACACUGCUGCUUCAGUCUAUAGCUGCAACCCAAAUUUUGUCCCAGCCAACUCUGGCAAGCUAUUUUCUAGGAAAAAAUAAUUUCACAUUUCUCCUUGAAAUCUAUCACAUUUAAAAUAUUUGCCUUUGCUUUCUGUUUGCAGCUCUCUGCUAAAUAUCAUCAUAAUGCAUGAGCUCUUUCCACCUCUUCCCUCCUCCCACCCUCCCUGCCUUUUUUUCUCUUUUUUUUUAAUUAAAAAAAAGUUGGUGAGCAGCUGUUUUCCUAAAACUAAAUUAAUGCUUAAAAGGAAGUGGUGUAUUUUGGAGAACUUUGAGUAUACUCAAAGAUCCAGCCACUAGGAUUUCAUGCUUGAGCUGUGGAUUUUGUACCACUGCUUCGAUAUCUCUUCAUACACAGGUCAAUAGAAUCCUGCAAGAAACAAUUUUGAAUUCUGCAUGUUGCCUCUUUGGAACAGCAAGAUAUUGCAUAUUUACAAUUCCACUUAAAGAAAUAGAUGUAAUGUGGCCAAGUUCAUCUUGCAUUUCAAAUUCCCAGGAACUAAAAAUCCUGUUCAGUGUAAGUUUAGAAAGCCACAGCAGCAUUUAAAAGAUGCCUUUUAAUGUGAUGUGAGCAAUGCCUUUUCUGUAUUUCAGAUCCUGUUCACUCAUUGCUUAAUUCUAAGUUUUGAAGUGAAAGAUCAGAAAAUUAAAUAUAUUUUUUAAAAAUC